AUUAGCUUUGCUCGUGCUCAGUGGCAGUUGUAUUGUCAUAUUUAAUUUUAUUAUUGUUUAAAAAAUGGAAAAGAAUACUCUUGUAGAAAUUCCUUUCGAAGAUUGGCCAAAACUUCGUGAUCUCUAUGUCAAUCGAAAUUUGGAAUCGAAUUCUUUUAGUAUGCUCCGAAAUAUCAUCAAUUGGCUAAACAAAGAUCCAUCUCUUGAGAAAUCAAUGAAAAUUUACUCACUAAACGGCGAUUGGAGUGAUGGAACUUUCAUACUUCAAGAUCAUAAAUUGUACGUUAUGAUGAACACUCUUGAAGAAUCUCAAGAACGUCUUCUUGCAGCUUUACACUGUCUCGAUAAAAAAGACCCUCUAGUAUUAUCUGGCUGUCCCUUAAGAAUUACAAAAAGCGUAGAAAAAUAUUUAGCCGACUUAGGAGUUCCAAAAGAAUCCAUUCAAUUUUCAAAAACUAUUUGGCAUCAUAUCGAACUUAAACAAGCUUUGGAAUAUAAUAUUGAUCCACCUCAAGGCAUAAUUCUAUCAGCUCUUCGAAAAGAAGAUAUUGAUACUAUCAACAGUCAUUGGCCUCAUCGUCAUCCUGGAUCGGAGCUAUUUGUUGGUCGAUUAGUGAAUUUGAGUCAAAAUAUUGGUGCAUUCGAUGAGAGUGGGAAAUUGAUUGCUUGGUGCUUACUACUGCCCAUUGGAGCCUUGGGAUUAUUACAAGUUCGAGAUGAAUACAAGCGAAAGGGAUUUGGAAGCCUUAUGGUCAAAGCUAUGGCCAAAAUGCAAGCUGAAAAAGGAAUGGAAACAAUUGCACCGGUUGUUGAAGAAAAUAGUGCAUCGCGAGCAAUGUUCAGAAGCUUAGGUUUUCAAGAAAUCGAUGCAGUAUUUUGGUAUACCAAACCGGAAAUUGCAUAAAGAAUAUACAAAAAUAUGGACUUGUGCAUAGUUUGUUGUUAAUUUUGCUGGUUGCUAGAAAAGUAUUUUAAGAAAUGUGAUGAAAAUCUUUUUGUGAUUUUUUUAAAGAUAUUAAAACAAUUGUUUAUGUCAUGUCCAACUGAA